UGAUGCAGGGGAACCAUGGAGUCUGCUCCUGUAUGGGCUGGGUACCGGCGGGAUAUCCGCAAAGCAGUCGCAACCCGUCUGGGAUCUACGUCAUGUCCCAACCGUCCGGACAGAGGCACAAAACGAGGGCGAGAUGAUGAACCGGAAGACUUGAGACCACCGAGAAAAGAAAGAGGAGGGAGGAACUGGCACCGAGAUGAGGAACGGGGGCCAACUGCAGAGGAGGAUAGGAACGCAUUGGAUGAUGGUGAUGAUGAGGAAGAGAAUGAAACACUGGAUGAGGGUGCAGUGAAAAGGAUGAUCCUGAAUUUCGAAAAGAGAUCCUACAAGAACCAAGAACUACGUAUCAAAUUCCCAGACAACCCUGAGAAGUUCAUGGAGUCAGAACUAGACCUGAAUGAUAUUAUCCAGGAGAUGCAUGUUAUUGCCACUAUACCAGAUCUGUACCAUCUACUUGUGGAGCUCAAUGCUGUGCAGUCACUGCUUGGCUUGUUAAGCCAUGAGAACACUGAUGUGUGCAUUGCUGUGGUUGACCUGCUGCAGGAACUAACGGAUAUUGACACACUUCAUGAGAGCGAAGAGGGUGCCCAGGUCCUUAUAGAUGCACUGUUGGAAGGUCAAGUCGUUGCUCUCCUGGUGCAGAAUCUGGAACGCCUGGAUGAAUCUACGAAGGAGGAGGCAGAUGGAGUUCACAAUACCCUAGCAAUCAUUGAGAAUAUGACGGAGUUUCGCCCUGAAAUAUGCUCAGACGCUGCACAGCAGGGACUCCUCCAUUGGCUGCUCAAAAGACUGAAGGCCAAGAUGCCGUUUGAUGCCAACAAGCUGUACUGCAGUGAGAUCCUGGCCAUUCUUUUACAGAACAACGAUGACACUCGGGAGCUACUGGGGGAGCUGGACGGAAUAGAUGUGCUGCUUCAGCAGUUGUCGGUUUUUAAGCGCCAUGAUCCAGGAACAGCAGAAGAGCAGGAGAUGAUGGAGAAUCUUUUUGAUGCACUUUGCUCCUGUCUGAUGCUGAGCAGCAACAGAGACAGGUUCCUGAAGGGAGAGGGUCUGCAGCUCAUGAACCUCAUGCUCCGCGAGAAAAAAAUGUCCCGUUGCAGUGCCCUGCGGGUAUUAGAUCACGCCAUGAUCGGCCCAGAGGGUACAGAUAAUUGUCACAAGUUUGUCGACAUCCUCGGACUCCGAACCAUCUUUCCUCUUUUCAUGAAAUCUCCCAAAAAAGCAAAGAAAACCGGCGUCUCUGAGAAGGAGCAUGAGGAACACGUGUGCUCCAUCCUGGCCUCGCUGCUGCGGAACCUGAGGGGUCAGCAGAGGACACGGCUUCUCAGCAAGUUCACAGAAAGUGACUGCGAAAAGGUGGAUCGGCUCAUGGAGUUGUACUUUAAAUACCUGGAGGCUGUACGGGUGGCUGACAAGAAGAUCGAGGGAGAGAAGCAUGAUAUGGUGCGCCGAGGGGAGAUUUUAGAUGAUGAUGUCGAGGAGGAGUUUUACUUGCGAAGAUUGGAUGCCGGCCUCUUCCUGCUUCAGCUCCUGUGUUACGUCACAGCGGAGAUCUGUAACAACAACCUGCCGCAGAUUCGCCAGAGAGUGCUGCAAAUUCUAAACAUGAGGGGAAGCUCUGUGAAAAUCAUGAGACAUAUUCUAAAAGAAUACUCUGAGAGCAUUGGUGAUGGGAAGAGCGAAGAGUUCCGGGAAAGUGAGCAAAAGAGAAUUCAGGAGCUGCUGGAGACGCUAUAACACCUACCGGCCUCCUACAAAUGCACCCUAAAUACCUUGCCCCGAAGGAUCUAUAUGUAAAUAGAACUUUUAACAUUUGGAUUUGCCAUUUUUUCCUGCAACCCACCCUCUGUCCAUCUGCUACAUUUUUUUUUUGUCUUUUGACGUGAGUCCAAGGUGAUGCCAUCCAAAUGUCCAUGUUUGGUAUUUUUAUAUAAAGUACAGUAAUAAUAAUUUGCAUCUCCUUCUGUGUUUUAAAAAGAUUGCUGAAUCACAUCUUUGGCUGGUAGGGGUUAUGCAUGGGAAAUCACUCCCUGUAGCCGUAAGGCUUUAGCUGCUAUUUACUGUGCCCUUGCCCAAAGGGCAGUGAGUAGGUUAACACUCCUGUCACAGUAAGUGAAGCCUUAUGUCUGAUCAUAUUUACGGCCUGUAUUCCGAUACUGUAUGACAUGCUUUUGAGUGUAAAGAAUAAAGCACUGGCUCAUUG